AUAGCCAAUAGCAUGAUGUGGGCUAGAGUUUAAAGGCAGUGUGACAGUGUUUGGAGGUCAGUUGAUGUCCUGUGCAGGUCAUGAUGGAUCGAGCAGCUCUCCGGCUGAUUCUCCUGGCCGUCUUUCUCAUCUCAGCUACUUCUGAUCCAGUUAAGAAGAAACAAGAUGUGGAUAUAUACAGCUUCUACAUUAACUCCACUGUCACCAGUCGCUAUGCCACAACAGUCAUCACAAGCCGUGUUGCAAACACACUGAAUGAAUCUCAAGAGAUCCAGUUUGAGGUCAAGAUUCCCAAGAACGCCUUCAUCAGCAAAUUCAGAAUGACCAUAGAGGGAAAAACAUAUGAUGGGGUUGUGAAGGGAAAAGAAGAAGCUCAGCAGCAAUACAAUCAAGCAGUAUCUCGGGGACAAAGUGCUGGACUGGUCAGAUCUGUUGGAAGGACUUUAGAGGACUUUAAAACUUCAGUGACGGUGGCUGCUUUAAGUAAAGUGACCUUUGAGUUGACCUACGAGGAACUGUUAAAGCGCCGCCUCGGUAAAUAUGAGCUACUCAUCAACGCACAACCGAUGCAGCCGGUGGCUGACUUCAAGAUGGAUGUGCACAUCCAAGAGAAACCAGGAAUUUCCUUCUUGGAGGUGAAAGGAGAUUUGAGCACCGGUGAUCUGACCAAUGCCAUCAAAACCACCAGAGCAGACAAAGACGCAUGGGUGACCUUCUACCCCACACGAGAUCAACAGACCAAGUGUAAAAGCUGUGGAGAAAAUGGGUUGAACGGAGACCUGCUUAUAACAUACGAUGUUGAGAGACGAAGUCCCAAAGGAGAAGUCGUGGUAUCAAAUGGCUAUUUUGUCCACUACUUUGCUCCCUCUGAUGUUCCACGUAUUUCCAAAAAUGUGGUGUUUGUCAUUGACCGCAGUGGCUCUAUGCACGGCAGAAAAAUGGACCAGACUCGUUUGGCACUGCUGAGGAUUUUGACAGAUCUUGAUGAGGACGAUCACUUUGGAUUGAUCACAUUUGACAGUGAGGUUAGCUUAUGGAAGCGUGAACUCCUCAAAGCUACUGAGACAAACCUGGAGAAUGCAAAAUCUUUUGUGAAGGAGAUCAGAGAUAGAGGAGCCACAGACAUAAACGCUGCAGUUCUAGCAGGAGUGGACAUGAUCAGUCGACAUCCACGAGAGGGAACAGCCUCCAUCCUGAUCCUGCUGACUGAUGGAGACCCCACUUCAGGUGAAACCAACAUAGAGAAGAUAAUGGCCAAUGUUAAAGAAGCCAUUGCGACAAAGUUUCCGCUCUAUUGUCUUGGUUUUGGAUAUGAUGUCAAUUUUGACUUCCUGACAAAGAUGUCACUGGAAAAUGGUGGAGUUGCUCGCAGGAUUUAUGAAGAUUCGGACGCUGAUCUACAGCUGCAGGGCUUCUAUGAUGAAGUUGCCGUCCCUCUCCUCACUGAUAUUCAACUUAAAUACCCAGGAGGGACAAAACUUACCAAGACCAGCUUUAGCUUGUACUUCAAUGGCUCUGAGAUUGUGGUGUCAGGACAAAUCACAGACAACAGUGUGGAGAGUUUCACCACUGAAGUCAUCGCAGUAUCAAAAGACAGUAAUGUGACGUAUCAGGACACUAUAAUGACAAAAGACCCCAGUGAUGUCCCUCCUGAGGAUGAAGAUUUCAUGCAGAGAUUGUGGGCCUACCUUACAGUGAAGCAGCUUCUGGAGAGACAGGUACUUCUUAAAGGACAAGAGAAAGAGGAUGAAAACAAAGAAGCUCUUAAACUCUCCCUGAAAUACCAGUUUGUCACUCCCCUCACCUCGAUGGUUGUUACCAAGCCACAGGAAGGUGAAGUGGAAGUUGCCGACAAACCCAAAGAAGGAGAAGAGCCGGCCAGGCGAGGAAUGUACCCCCAAGUUUCAACUCGGACUCGCUACACAGCAUUAGCCUAUGGAGGUGGUGGUGCUGUUGAUGGUGGUACAAGUUAUUAUUUCCCGCCCCGUGGUGGACGAUAUCGCCCGAGUAUUAAACAUUCUACAUCUUCACGAGUUCAUGACAAUGUAUUCCUGCUGGAUGUUGUUGGUCAGUCUAAGCCACUUUGUUUUGAGGUUCCUUUUUUUCACAAACUCAGACUCCUCCAGGAUUCAGCUUCAGAGUUCUCUAUGAACGGAGAACCCAUGUUUUUACAAAGUGGGUUCCAAAUCAUUGCCUUUCAUUACAAAACAAAGCAUCAUCUGACAAUAAACACAACGUCUAUCACAUACCACGACGGCCAGAAUCAUGUUGAGUUUUUGUGGGGCCAGGGACCGACCCAACACACUUCAGAGGAUGUGUGUCUGAUUCUACGGAGCAAUGAAAUAGUCGUCACCAUGGGAAAUAUCCGUGUCAUUAUUCUGCUUCACAAGGAAAAAGGGACUACGUUUCUGUGGCCUGAUGUUCAGCAACAGACAAAAGAUGUCAAGUUUACAGGCAUUUUUGGAAAAACAGAUGCUUCAUAUGAGGAGAUUCAAGGAUCACAAAAACCAACUCUAAAGAUACAUGACCAGGAAGUGAGCGCAAGCUGGGUGGAUGCCACAAACAACAGACUUUCUUCAAAGCCAGUUAUCAAAUGCUGGCUUGUCUCGUUCUACGCUGCGAUGCAGAGAGAUGUUUCUGAUUUUACUGUCACUCAGCUGUAGAGUUCAAAGCUGGCAAAUGAAGCAUGUUUCUAUAUAAAUGAAUUCAUUAAUAUAAAAACAAUGUGUCAGAAUC